UCCUUCACAUGGACUCCAACGUAGCAAUUAGUCCCGCAGACCAGAUAGCUGCGGCCAAAGCGUCCGUAGCGCUUGUCAUGAGUCUGUGCUCGUUCGCCAUUGGUUUGUUGCCACUGAAGUUCGCUGAUCGCUGGCGCUCAUCCACGGAGCUUCCGGCACGCAUCUCACGGAUACCGACGGUUGCGUCGAUGCUGUUGUGUUUCGGCGGUGGUGUGCUGCUGUUCAUCACGCUGCUCCACAUGCAGCCUGACGUAUGGAAAUCGGUGCGUGUGCUCCAGGUGGCCGGCCAGCUGCCCACCACCGACCACCUUAGUGACCUAAUAUUCUGCGCCGGGUUUUUCGCCGCAUUCAUCAUUGACGAGACCGUGAACAAGGUGCGAAGCCGUGGACACAGAACUGGCACUCUAGCAGCCACCGCCUUCCAGCCUUCUCCAAAAUUGAUCCGCGGCUUGUUCGCUGUGAUGGCACUGUCGUUCCACGAGGCGUUUGCUGGUCUGUCCUUUGGGCUGCAGUCCAUGGGCCCCGACGACGGCGAGUGGGGUGCGUACGCCACAGUGGCCGCUAGCAAACUGAUUGUCGCUUUCUGCCUCAGCCUAGAACUGGCCUGGUCUGGAGCCCGGAAUCCUGCAAUAGUUGCAUGCUCCGCAGUGUUCGCCAUCGUCACUCCCGUCGGAGUUGCGGUCGGGAUGGCGCUCACCCAGUGCUGCACCGACGUCGUGGCUGACCAUUCACCUAGCAUCCUAUACAUCGUAUCACUGGGACUGGCCUCCGGCUCGCUGGCGUUCUUGGUGUUCUCCGAAGUAAUGCCCAGACACAAGCAGACUGGAUUCAUGCACCUGUUGUUCACCGUCGUCGGGUUCUGCGUCAUGCUAUUGCUGCAGAUUUCCACUCAUUAUCAACAAUACACCUAGGUUGUGAAGAAUUUGGAUCACAAUCUGCGAGCUGGUGAAUCUCAAAAGCACGUUUUUCUAUUCUAUAUUGUAUUAUGU